GAUGAACUUUCUCUGUUGGCUUUACUUUUCCUUCUGCGAAGACUCUUUCCUUUUCGUUUUCAGGCUGUUGACUUUUGUGCUCGUUGAAUUCUACUACUUCUUGUUCUUACGACAGAAAAUUAUUUCUGGGUUUUUGGUUUGUGUUAUGUACGGGAAGAUAUCUAUGGGAUGUUAGUUUUAUUGGCGGGUUUUUUGGAGGUUGGCUUUUGAUGAUAAGGAAGAUUUAUGGGCACAGAGUCAGAGUUUUGUUCUCAUCAUCAUCAUCUACAAAGAUUUUCCUAAUUUAUUGUUUUGGCAACUGGAAUUUUGCUCGUAGUUGAGUUGGCUUUGUCUGGUGUUCUUUUUGUUUUAGAGCUAAGCUGUCUGCUAGCUUCAACGAUAACGAAAUUGUAAGAAUUUUGCAUUGGUUGACACGCAGUAGGAGAAAAAAAAAUUGUGAUCCAAGAACUGGGUUUUGGUUAGCUUGGAGGUUCAAGCGCCAACUACUUUAAGAAAGGAAGAGUUUGUAUUUUUGUGAUUCCUUAUCUGCAGUGAAAGGAGCUUCUGCUUAUUGUUGUUGUUUCCACGUUAGUAGGUGAGCCCUUUUCAUUCUUCUUCUUCUUCUUCUUCUUCUUCUCUCCUCUGUUUCUUGUGCUUUUUUAGUCUGAACUUAUGGUAGCUACUAGUCGGUAAGACUCGAAGAAGACUUCAUUUUCUGCCGAAUGUUAUGCCUAGGACAAAAUCACAAAGGUUUGCUCCCAGCAAAAUCCAAAGAUCCUCACCUUUUUAUUUCUGAGUACGCUAGUUGGCUAAUUGGUGUUUUCUUUUCAUUAUUAUUAUUAUUAUAAUGCUGAAAAGGAUCUUAAAGUAUGCCCAAUACCUCAUGAAGAUUGAAUUUAACACUGUGUGUGUAUAUUGGUUAUUCAAAUGCUUGGGGAUUCCCCGGACUGGCUAUCGAGAAGCAAACCCGCCGCCUUAACUAACCAUUUCCUUGACUCAAUCUAACUUCGAAAGGGCAUAGAAUUGAGAAGUGUAUGAAGAUGAUGAACCUGGUUGGAUGGUACUGUUACAGUUAGAAUUUUAUUAGAGCAUGCAGUUCUGUUGCGUGUACUUGAAUCUGACACCCAGACAUAGUUUGGAAUGUAAUGGUGGUUCCUUGAAAGUUGGUAGAAUAAAAGCUUGGGAACUAUCUUGAGAUAGCGUCCUGCCGCUUUGUUUUCUGCAGAUCUUUGGCCAUCUGUCUUAUCAUGAUUUCAUUCCCUAGAAGUUAACAUAAACAGUUCUUAUCCACUUCAUGUCAGAGAUUCUGAAUCAACUGAUCUGAACUCUUCACAGUGUAGUUGAUGUAUCAAGUGGCAAUUGGGUUAUCCUAAUCCUUGCUAUUCUACAGGUCUGUUUAGAUAAUUGAUCAGUCUUGGUUGUCACCACUUCUAAAGCCAUUACAUUUUGAUGUUAUAUUAUGUGUUUUUUCCUUUCUUCUAGUAAAUAUCUUAUUUGUUAGGUCUACGACUUUUAAGUAGGUAUUACUGACAUUUGUAUUACUAAUUAAUAUGCAGACCCUGCGCUGUUCUUCCCUUUGAAUGGGGACACUGCUCUAUCCUUAUUCCUUUAAGAAAUAGAAGCAGCUCGGCCACGAUGCUCAUCAGGAAUACAGGCACUAUGCUUGUUAAAUGGCACAAUUGAGAAAGCAAGGAAAAUUCUCCGAUACUGCUGCGAUUCUAGCAAGCUAUAUUUGGUAUUAACUGGGGAUGUACUAGUCUCAAGAUGUCAAGGAUCAAGGAACAAUUUUGAACAAAGUUUAGGCCAAAUUCAAACUAUGGUUCCAGCUAUGUUGGCUGCUGAGAUCUCUCAAAUUAUUGAUGAUCUAAAUGCAGCCACAUUUAUGCUGGACUCUUCUGAUGAGGAGGCUGGUAAGGCUGUGCGUAAACUAAUUCAGCAGGGCACUUUUAUAUCUGAUUCAGUGGAAUAUUCUGAACUGGGAGCUCUUCAAAUUGCUGCUUCAAGGCUUCAUAUUACAUCUCCAAAGGCUAUAUUAAUAGAGAAAAGAUCCAUUAAGAAGCUGUUAGAUAAAAUUGGUGAUAAUGACCCUACCAAAAAGAAGAUCUUAAAAUAUUUUUUGUAUCUGCUGAGGAAGUAUGGAAACUUGAUUAUGGAUGAGCAAAUAGAGAAUCCCAGCGCUGAAUUUGAAGGAUCAGUUGCACCGACAAAUUCCAUCAAUACUUCUGUACAUAGCCAAUCUGUUGAAGUAGACUCGGACAUCGGAAUUCCACAGUAUGAGGUGCAAACUGAUGUUCCAAGUGGAGGUACACCCCCUGAGGAAUUUAAGUGCCCCAUAUCCAUGAGAUUGAUGUAUGAUCCUGUUGUUAUUGCUUCUGGACAAUCAUUUGAAAGGAUGUGGAUACAAAAGUGGUUUGAUGAUGGUAACGACACAUGUCCAAAAACAAAAGUGAAACUGCCCCGCUGUUCACUAACUCCAAACACAGCCAUGAAAGACCUGAUAUCGAAAUGGUGUGAAAAGUAUGGGAUCACCAUUCCUGAUCCAAGUACACAAUUGCAAGCGUUUCACUCGUUGGACAUAUCUUCUACAUCCAUUGCUAGCUUAGGCAGCUCUAUGAAUGAUCUACACCUUCCACUGGAUGUCAGCAAUAUAUCACUUGGGUCUUUAGAUGCUAGUUACAGUUCAGACUCUUCACGCACUAGGUUUGCAGAUGGAUCUAGUUUUACGUUGACUCAGAAAACUGAUGAUUGCCAUCGAUUUCAAUCUCAUGCAUGCAUACAUGAGACAGAUUCAGAGUUUUUAAUGAGACUUUCUGAGCUUAAUUGGGACUUCCAGUGCAAAAUGGUUGAAGAUGUCAAAAACCAUUUGCAAUCUAAUCUUCAAUCUUAUCAGUCUAUGUCAUCUGAGAAUUUUGUUGAUCCUCUCAUUCAAUUUCUGAAAGAUGCAUGUGGGCAAUGUGAUGCAAGAGCUCAGAGAGCUGGAUGUCAAUUGUUACUUGUAUUUGUGAGCAAAAACAGAAGUGGAUUAUCGUACUUACAUGAAGAUACAUUUAGUCUGCUGGUGUCUUUCCUCGACUCUGAAGUAUCUGAAGAGACUCUUGCAAUACUUGAAGUGUUGUCCGGCCAUCCACAUUGUAGAACUAAAAUCUCGGCAGCUGGUGCUCUUUUUCCCUUAUUGAAGAUCCUUGAGUCACAGAGCAAAGAAUUCCAGGAACAAGCCAUUAAAAUUCUGCAUAACCUGUCCUCAGAUAGCGACAUUUGUUCCCAAAUUAUACGGUUGGAGUGCAUCCCAAAGCUAGUUCCAUUCAUAAGUGAAGGCAGAAUUGCAAGACAUUGUAUGGUUCUGUUGAAAAGAUUAUGUGAUACUGAAGAGGCUAGGGUUGCUGUUGCUGAAACAAAUGGAUGCAUUUCUUCCAUUGCUGAACUACUUGAGAGAGGCAGUCCUGAAGAACAGGAGCAUGCGGUGGCUGUUCUUCUUUCUUUAUGUUCUCAGCGUGUCCAAUAUUGUCAGUUGGUCAUGGAUGAAGGGGUUAUUCCGUCCCUUGUUGAUAUAUCCCUCAACGGAAAUGAUAGAGCAAAAGCAACUGCUUUGGAAUUGCUUCGGCAAUUGAGAGAUAUUGAGUAUGGCCAUGAAUAAGAAUGCUCUCAAUCUGAUCUUGAUACCAGUAGAGAUGGAAGCCAACCCACUAAAAAAUUGUCUAAGACAUCUGGACUUUUCAAGAUGAAUGUAUUUUCGAAACAUAGUUCUCUUGCAUCAAAGAAGAAGAGCUGACACUCGGAUCUUCAUUUUAUUAGUUGACUUUGUGGCGACUCAAAAUCUCUUCUCAUGGUAAAAUAAAUUAAAAAAAGCACCAGAACAAAAAAAAAAAACUGAAUCGGCCUGGUGGAAUUCUGUUUCUCCCUUUUUGUUGGGUUACUUCUUACCUGGAAUGGAGCAGCAACAUCAUCAUAUUAUACCUAAAUGAAGAUUGGUUGUAAGUGAUCUUUUUUUCCCCCAACACUAAUUACAUGACAAGUAGAAUUUUGGUAGCUUUCAUUAUUAUUUUUCUGGUGAUUUAUGUGCUGCCAUGUUCCAGCUCUGUAUUUAAUAACAUUGUAUCCACUGGUUUGAUUUGUUAUUGGCAUCCUAAGUUGAUGGCCUGAAAUUUGGGCAUUUA